UGUCCUGCGCUCCGCCUCCAGCAGAAGCAUGAAUGGCCUAGAAGCAGCCUCCCCAGAUCUGACCGCCAACACCUCUCUGGUACCCACGGAGCAAUGUGGCCAAGAGACACCACUGGAGAACAUCCUCUUCGCCUCCUUCUACCUCCUGGACUUCAUCCUGGCUUUCGGGGGCAAUGCCCUGGCCCUGUGGCUUUUCGUCCGGGACCACAAGUCAGGCACCCCUGCCAAUGUGUUCCUGAUGCACCUGGCCGUGGCUGACCUGUCCUGCGUGCUGGUCCUGCCCACCCGCCUUGUCUACCACUUCUCAGGGAACCACUGGCCAUUCGGGGAGAUCCCGUGCCGGCUCACCGGCUUCCUCUUCUACCUCAACAUGUACGCCAGCAUCUACUUCCUCACCUGCAUCAGCGCUGACCGCUUCCUGGCCAUCGUACACCCCGUCAAGUCGCUCAAGCUCCGCAGGCCCCUCCACGCCCACCUGGCCUGCGCCUUCCUCUGGGUGGUGGUGGCCGUGGCCAUGGCCCCGCUGCUGGUGAGCCCACAGACCGUGCAGACCAACCACACGGUCAUCUGCCUGCAGCUGUACCGGGAGAAGGCCUCCCAGCACGCCCUCGCAUCCCUGGCCGUGGCUUUCACCUUCCCGUUCGUCACCACGGUCACCUGCUACCUGCUGAUCAUCCGCAGUCUGCGGCAGGGCCCCCGUGUGGAGCGGCGCCUCAAGAACAAGGCAGUGCGCAUGAUCGCAGCCGUGCUGGCCAUCUUCCUGGUGUGCUUCGUGCCCUACCAUGUCCACCGCUCCGUCUACGUGCUGCGCUACCACGGCCACCACACUUCGUGUGCUGCCCAGCGCAUCCUGGCGCUUGGCAACCGCAUCACCUCCUGCCUCACCAGCCUCAAUGGUGCGCUUGACCCCGUCAUGUACUUCUUCGUGGCCGAGAAGUUCCGAGACGCCCUGUGCAACCUGCUGUGUGGCAAGAGGCUUCCAGGGCCACCCCCCAGUGGGGACGGGAAGACCAACGAGAGCUCACUGAGUGCCAGGUCGGAGCUGUGAGCCCAAGGCCACCGCCCUGCCGCCCACCUCCAGAAGGACCACCCCUCAAGCUCACCAAGAAGAAGCCCACCUCCUCCCAGAGGGGCCCCCUUCCCCUGAGAAAAGAAACUGAACUCUAAGAGGGUUACCAUCACCUGGCGCUGCGUUCUGUCUUAUCUGCUAUACCAAUCCCUGACAGGGACAACAGAAGGGACCAGACAGCCACCCUGUGCAGAGACGAGGUUGGCCCUGCUCACUCCCGGCUACUAGACACUCAGUGACUUCUCCCCAUGGUGAGGGUAAAAGGAGGCUGGGGAACAUUCUGAACAAUGAGCAUCUUUCCCAAGCACUGCCUGCGCUCCCGACCUCUGUCCCAUGUCAGAAACACAUGGUGAUGAAGCUUUGCAGAGAGAAUAGCUGCAAAUUGGCCACAGCUACAAUCGGCCCACCAGGAGAGGGGACACAGGAAUCCUGGCAGAGGGGUGGGGAAGAGCAUCUAAUGAUUUCUUCUCAAGUGCAAGGUGCACCUUUGCGAAAGGACUCUGAACCCUAUAAGCACAUUUCCAGUGGUGGCCAGGUGACAGCCUGCAGCACAGGGCCAGUGGGGCAUGUCAGUGCUGGCACAUUGGUUCUCUGUCACUCCUGCCAGAAACCCACACACAGACCUGCGUGUGCCCGACAAUCCCCAGAGC